AAGAACGCAACUGCAAAAAAUAUUAGUACUUUACAAUUUAUAGGCCAAGAUGGGUCCUCGAAGCUACUUGCUGCAUUACUUGUAGCCCUCUCAAUCACCAUUUUAGUUUAUCACCAAUGACCAUGGUGACGCUCGCCUUUCCUUUUUCAUCGGGGCGUUAGUCCUUCGUGAUUAUGGAGUUGUUCUCCAUCAAAUCUUUCUUGCUUUCCCACGGACAACUGCAGCACCAACUGGAGCAGCUGCAAGCACGAGUCCCACCGAUUGUGAUUUUCGUGGUCGCUGUCGCUUUCGUCUUGGCCGUGAGUUUCUUCUACUUCAAGUGGAAGGACCAGGACCAUUACUGCGUGGCUCUGGAAGCAGGACAACUGCACAUGGGAACUCUUGCCGUUGAUCAAGGACAAGACGAGCAACUGCCAUACCAGCACGACCAGCAAAUUGCUGGGGUCGACAGACCGACGCAAACUUUUGAAGGAACGACCGCGAUGACCUCGACUUCCGUCGAUGCGGAUCAUUCGAAGGUCGAUCGGUCUGUUGAAGAUCCUGUUGUUGCGUUUCGCUCCUCAACAUCAGCGAUGUUGAUCGCAGCUACUUGCAGCAGAGUUCAAGUUGACCAACAACUUGUUGUAGUUGCGCGAACAAAUCAACAGCAUCACACCCUUGGCCAGCCUCCGGCUGCUUCUGCGACCAGCACUUAUCGUCGAGAGGAUCUACCACGUUGCGUGGAUGAAGAAGGACAAGGGGAGGCGGGAAGCGCGACCACUUGCAAUAUCCACAGCAAGAAAUUAAUAAACCAUCCGUACUCGUAGUGAUCGUAAUUUCGCACUUGGUGUCCUUUCCUAAAUCCGCAUGAGAAGUUGCAUAUUUCAUCAUGACAGAAGAAUUUGUGCUGUUGUAAUUUCCACUACUAGUACGAUGAAUACUUUUGCAAUGCAUAACAAGUAAAGAGCACCACGGCCGCGACUUUCACCACGAGACACAACUGGAAGAGUUACUAGACCCGAACGCAGGCCAUUCUCGGCGCUACAGUUCAAUGUCCACGAGCGCGCCGUCUCCGCUUUCAACCGACGAGGAAGCGGCUAGCCCUUCGUUCAAUAUUCCGAUUAUUGAGCGACAAGAGAAUGGCCGAGAAGUAGAAGUAGAAGUGGAUCUGGCUUCUUUUUCCGAUGCUGAAGAGGAAAUCGACCUGCGAGCGCUUCAUCGAGCCAUUCAGCUGGACCGAUUUCGGAGUUACUCGCGACCCGGGACGAUGGUGUAA